UUUUUUUUUUCUUCUUCUUUUAAUUUUCCAUCCAACAGGAGCCUCGUCCAUGCCGACGCUGAUAUGGGCAUUGGUGGUGAUGUCUCUGCAUCCCGAAGCGAGAAUGCUCAAAGAAUGUGUGAGUCCUGACAGUCAGAAAUGCCCCAACCUCUGCGCCUGUAGCUUUGACGACUGCAUCGAUGACCUGAGCGUCUACUGUAGCUCACGGAACCUCACCGCCUUGCCGGAAGACGUGCCCCGAAGCACAAGGAUGCUGUGGCUGGAUGGGAACAACUUCACAACCUUGCAAGCGCUUGCUUUCAGGAACCUCUCCAUCCUGGAAUUCCUUAACCUUCAGGGCAGUCAAUUAUCGGGGAUUGAACAACAUGCCUUCCAUGGUUUGGAAGGGCUGUACUCUUUGCUCCUGGAACGUAAUCGGCUGAAGUCGCUAGCACCCAAUAUCUUCCUCCACCUUCAGAACCUGGCCUCCUUACGUCUCAACAACAACCAGUUCAACAAGAUCGAAGAAGGGGUGUUUGCUGGGCUUUCCAACCUCUGGUACUUGAACCUGGGGUGGAAUUCCCUGGUGGUCUUGCCAGACAAAGUCUUCCAUGACCUGCCCAAUUUAAGGGAGAUGGUUCUGGCUGGGAACAAGCUGACCUAUCUCCAACACCAGUUGUUCUACAGCCUCAGCGAGUUGCGAGAACUGGACCUGAGCUGGAAUUCCCUCAAGGGCAUCAAAGGGAACAUCUUCACGAAGCUUCAGAAGCUGCUGAAGCUUUACCUGAACCACAACCAAAUCAACGCCAUUGCUCCGCGGGCUUUUGUGGGCAUGAAAUCUCUGAGAUGGUUGGAUCUCUCCCACAACCGUCUCGCCAUGCUUUUCGAAGACACGUUCGUGGGUCUUUCGAGCCUUCACGUCUUGCGCCUCUCCAGCAACGCCAUCACCAGUUUAAGCCCUAGGACUUUCAAAGACCUGCAGUUCCUGGAAGAAUUGCAGCUAGGCAGCAAUAAGAUUCGCACCUUGCUCGAAAAGAGCUUCGAUAAAUUGGGCCAGCUGGAAGUCCUUACUCUAAACGACAACCAGAUCCAGGAGAUCAGGCCGGGGGCUUUCCUCGGACUUUCCAAUGUCGCGGUGAUGAAUCUAUCCGGGAAUUGUCUUGCCACUUUUCCCGAUUUCACUUUCAGGGGUCUUAGCCAACUCCACAGCCUCCACCUGGAAAACUGUUGCCUCUCCAGGAUCAGACCGCGCAUGUUUUCGGAUCUCUCCAGCCUGCGAAGACUCUUCCUACAAUCCAACGCCAUCUCGGUCAUCGAAGAUCACAGCUUGAACGAUUUGCACGAGCUCAUUGAUCUAGAUCUCAAGCACAACCGCCUGAGGAGCCUCUCCCCAAAUCAGUUUGCCGGCCUCCGGAACCUGGAGUACCUCCUUCUUUCCUCCAAUCGGCUGGUGGAGGUCUUUCCUGAAGCCUUCGCCCCGUUGUUGCGUCUCUCCUGGCUUGAUCUCUCCAACAACUUCUUGGAGACGUUGGACAACUCGAGCAGACCUCUGUCGGACUCUUCAUAGACUGUCUGUGAAUCAUUAGGGGCUGUGAAUGACCAUAAAUUCUUUGCACCCUUCUCGAAGCUGACCUACCUGAACAUCAGGAACAACUCUCUGAGAACCUUCUCGAUGGAUUGGCUUGGCCCCUCACCUAUCCUGGUUCAGCUGUGGCUAGAAGGGAACAAAUGGGCGUGCAAUUGCUCGCUCAAGGGCCUCCGAGACUUUGCUCUGCAGCAGCCCGGAGUGGUUCUGAGGUACACGCAGUCCAUCACGGAAGGAGAAGCACCUGAAUACACCUACAACAAUAUCACUUGCCUUAGCCCAGCGGAAGUAGUAGGACUUGAUCUACGGGAUAUUCAAGAAGACCAUUUUGUUGACUGUUAGGGGUUUGAUCAUCUUGCUUUCCAAGUGUUCUGUCCUAGGCCUCCUGAGAAGGCAUAAAUCACAAUCUUAAUCCCCCAAACCCUCUUUUAUUUAAACGGCUGUGAAUUAUGGUCAUUCACAGCCCCUAAUGAUUCACAGACAGUCUAUGAAGAGUCCGACAGAGGUCUGCUCGAGUUGCCACAGUCUUUCAGGGGAAUGUUGAUAAGCACCCACCUUUAUCUCCCUUGAAACGCUGCCAGAGACCUAAUUGCUAAUUAGUUUUGCAAGGCCGAACGCUGCACAGUCUCAAACAGGACUUUUCAGAGCUUGAACCGACUGGAUGAACUAAUUGCUUCCUGCAAAGGCUCACGUCUGUUUGCUCCUCUUUUGCGUCUUAUGGGAGGGGCCAAUCAU